AUUCUUGAUGCGACUUGCAUUGUGCGCGACCUCGACUCUGGAUUUGCGUGUUCUAGAAGAAAUGGACGGUUGUAUUUAUGAUGUCCAAUGCAAAAGGUAACUUUAUAAUCACUGUGUUCACCAAAGCUUCUAAGAGCCUAUUAAGUAGAAGUUAAGAAAAAUAUCAAUUGUGGUUGAUACAAAACGAUUGUACAACAUGCUUUCCAACUGUGGUGAUACAACUGAAAUGACUGGCCCCCCGCAAUCAACGAUUAUAGAGGGUAUCUCUAGUACAGAUAGUGUUGGCACACACAGUGACAUUUCUGGGCAUACUACAAUCUGUGGAAGGCCAAAAAUGGAUGUGGCUUGUGUCUUGGAUGUACAACAACAGGAACACUUAGCACAGAGAAGAAAAGCUUUGGAAGAAGUCAGACAAGCAUGUUAUCUAGUUAAUGCCAAUAUACAUCAUAUACAGUUUGAAAAGCUGGAUUUUGGGGAAACAAAUGUACUUGAUACAUUCUAUAAUGCAGAUGUAGCUGUUGUGGACUUGAGCAUUCAACUACAACAGUCUGCAUUGUUUUAUCACCUUGGUGUUAGAGAAAGUUUUGGCAUGAAAGAGAACAUCCUGUUGCAUAAUGAUGUAGACACUGAAACAACAAUUAGGCUCAAGUUAUCAUGCGGCAGCUAUACAUUUGUUUCGUACCGUGUGGUAGACUGUGGUUCAUGCGUUGCUACAAAUCCAGCUACUACCAGACUUACCGGGGAGGAAGUAGUAGACCCAAAACAACAUCUUACACUGAAGCUCAAAAAGUUAUUUCAAGAUGUUGAAGUACAAUCUAAAGCACACAUGAAAGAAAAGUUCCUAGCAGAUUUGCGUAAAGCACGCGAAACGUAUUCGGGCGAAGAACUUUCGAAAGCUUUGAACAAUAUGCGUAAACGUUUGGACGACCCGAACGUUUUGUCUGGAGAGGUUGUCUUGAACGUGCUCAUCUCCUUCCGUGAAAUACAGGAUUACGAUGCAAUGGUGCAGUUAGUCGAUGAUCUAAGAACAAUACCGACUCACAAAAAUUACAUUAAUACUCCGGCUAUUCGUUACCUGUAUGCAUUCGCUUUAAAUCGACGAAACAAGGAAGGCGAUAGAGAAAGGGCAUUGAAAGUUAUAGAAAAAGCUUUGGAAAAGAAAGAAAAUCAUGUUCCUGAUAUGUUAUGUUUGUGCGGGAGAAUAUAUAAGGAUAAAUUUGUAGAAAGUAGACAUACGGACGAAGAAAGUUUAAAGAACGCGAUCCAUUGGUAUAGGAAAGGCUUCGAGGUUCAACCAAAUGAAUAUGCCGGGAUCAAUCUCGCCACGUUGUUGGUUAUAGCGGGAAACGAAUUUUCAAAGAGCGAAGAAUUGCAGCAUAUUGGCAUGGUGUUGAAUAAUCUCAUCGGCAAGAAGGGUAGCUUGUCGAGUUUGAAAGAUUAUUGGGACGUGGCUACGUUCUUCGAGAUCAGUGUGCUGGCCGAGGAUUAUUCGAAAGCUAUUCAAGCCUCCGAGUGCAUGUUCAAAUUGAAGCCGCCGAACUGGUACCUGAAAUCGACAAUAGGAAAUAUAACGCUGAUAGAUAGGUUUCGUAAAAAGAACGAAGAAGCUGAGGUUUCGCCAGAGGAGCAAAUAUUUAGUUUUUGGAUGGACUACUUUGUCGAAGCCACGAAAUCGGAAGUUGGAGAUAGUAUACGGUUUCCACUCUUAGUGCUGGAGCCAACGAAGAUCUUGAUGCCGAGCUAUGUAAACGUCAACCUCGGGGCAGAAGAGAAAUCGGUACAAAUAUGGAAUUUAUGUUUAGACAAUAUGAAGAACAAUUGCAAACAAGUACACGAUUGGUUGUUCACCGCGAACAUGAUACGUAGCGUUAGCCUGUACAAACGGGACGAGCGCUGCCUUUUUCUAUACGUUCAUCAGAACUCCGACGAUUUCCAAAUGUAUUUUCCGUCCGUUCAAUGCAGACAAAGAUUUUACGAUUUAAUCUUGGAAAUGACCAGGGACCAAGAAGGCAUGGUUGCAGACUUGGAUGCUUACUUGACCGACGACAGAAUGAAGUUUGAGUAUGAAUUAGACGAUCAGAACAAACGAAUAAUAUUGGGAAAGGGUACAUACGGAGUCGUGUACGCAGCUCGAGAUCUAAACACUCAGGUUAGGAUCGCGGUUAAAGAGAUUCGGGAACGAAAUUUAGGAGAUGUUCAACCUCUGCACGAAGAAAUUAAAUUGCAUAGUCAACUGAGGCACAGAAAUAUCGUACAAUACCUUGGUUCGGUCAGCGAAGACGGAUACUUCAAAAUAUUUAUGGAACAAGUUCCUGGAGGUAGUUUAUCGGCUUUGUUAAGAUCCAAGUGGGGCCCCCUGAAAGAAAACGAAUCUACGAUUGCUUAUUACACCAAACAAAUUCUAGAAGGUCUCAAGUACCUCCAUGAUCAGAAAAUCGUCCAUCGAGAUAUUAAAGGCGAUAAUGUUCUAGUAAAUACGUAUAGUGGGGUGGUAAAGAUAUCAGACUUUGGCAUGUCGAAACGUUUAGCGGGGUUAUGUCCAAGUACGGAAACGUUUACUGGAACGUUACAGUACAUGGCACCAGAGGUUAUAGACAAAGGACAGCGUGGAUAUGGGGCUCCCGCAGACAUUUGGUCUCUGGGUUGCACGAUAGUUGAAAUGGCGACUGGUAAACCACCGUUCAUCGAGUUGGGAUCGCCUCAAGCAGCAGUUUUUAAGGUUGGGUACUACAAAAUACACCCUGAAAUUCCAUCAGAACUGUCCGAAAGAGCAAAGAGUUUCAUAUUGCGCUGUUUCGAGCCAAAUCCCGACAUAAGAGCAACUGCGGCCGAGUUGUUAGAAGAUCCAUUUUUAAACGAAAAAAAGAAAACCAGUCGAUUGGUAGCGCCACCAGAUUUCAGUCGUAGCAUUUCAGUACCUGCCGAUAGAUUCGAACGUUUAGGAAAAUCCGACAAAACCAACAACAAUCACAUCGUUUCCGCUGCGCCCAUUCAAACUUCCCAGUCGGACGACAGUGUUACAUACAGUGGAGGGUUGACAAAGUCAAGUCCACUAAGGGAGCGCAGUCCAGCACACCUUCUGUCUCCUAUCAGCAUGCCCACUGCAACCCUUUCUUUUAACAGCGGAAUAGGAACCACACCGUCUAUAGAAACAAGCGAAUCCGACACAGCUGGAGCGUCAAUGACCCGUAGAAGCUCCUCGGGUGGAUUGUUGUCGCCGGAAGUUGAACUAGGAGGUCAACCAGGGCAGAAAACUGGCGAGGAGCAAGAAGGUUUCUAUUUACUGAAGAAAGACAGUCAAAGAAGAAUGACGCUCACUAGAGUCCUUACGCAAGACGAGGCAAAAAUCUGCGAAGUAUGGAUGAGGGGUAUACAUCAAGCAGAAGGCCAAACUGUUCUUCAAAUGAGCCAUUUAGUUUUGUUGAUGCGUGCCCUGAGGGAUUACAUCGCGGAACAAAACCACGAAGUAAUCGGGACUGCCAUUCGAACGUUGAAGGAAGAGUUGGAUUUUGAUUCCACUGCCAUCAAUCAUUUAAAUCUAGCUAUUUACCUUUUUCAAACUGCGGUGAACGAAGUUCUGCGAAUGCAUAGCAUAAAGCCCCACUGGAUGUUCGCGCUGGACAACUUGGUCAGAAAUGCUGUUCAAGCUGCCAUCACUGUACUCUCUCCUGAACUCGGUGCCAAUUUGCUGGGUCAAGAACGCGUCCAGACCGGCGGUCAAGGUCCAGAAGAAGGAUCCACGUCCGGCGUGUCGACCGUGAAUUCCGUAAAGUCUCAGAAAAUCGGCGAUUCCGUCGAUAACAAGUAUUGGAAGGAAUACCGAGAUCAAAUGGGAGAUAUGAAAAUGGAGAACAUGAAAUUGCUGCAAGAGUUGCUCGAAAGCCAAAAAUCGUAUCAGAUUUUGUUGCAGCAAGCUCUUGACGAGCAACGAGCUCAGGUUAAUACCUUGACGCGGUUAUGCGAAAGCAUUAGCAGAAGAACUAUGCGGCAGGAAUCAGGCUAUAAUUCUUCUGUGUCUGGAAACAAUCAGCCGGUGUCUGUGAUUGUUAGCGAUGCACAAUUUGAUGCAGCUUCGUAUACGGAUCAGGCCCUCAUCGAGUGGCUGCAAAAUCUACAAAUAGACAAUGCCUCCAUGGAAAGGUUUAUGUACGAGCAGUACACAUUGGAGGACAUCUUGUGUUACGUUACUCGCGACGAUAUCCGCAAGCUUAAUCUCAGAGGGGGAAUUGAACUCAGGAUAUGGCAAGCUAUAUUAAAGCAUCGACAAGGUAAUGGCGAUUAAAUCAGAACGAGACAAACACAAUUGAUUGUAAUAUUAAGUUGCGCGCGACAUUGGAAUUGGUCAACUUCAUGCAGGGUAAAAUACUUGUUCAAAAUGUGGCUGCCACGGGAUACCAAUGGCUAACAAGCAAAGUUAUUAGAUGACUAAUAAUAAACGUUAAUGCUUGUGUCGUUUGUUAAAAUACUUUCCCGUGAACCGAGAGUUCGCGGGGAAUUUUGAAUGCACAAUGAUAUUAUUAGUUUAUCUUGUAGUUCCUAAUUAUAGAGUAUUGAAUAGUUACGAGACAGGUGUGUACAUACGACGAAUUUUUCGUAUACUGAUUUGUUUUAAAGGAACUUGUUACAGUUGAAGUUUACAUAACCUGUUGGGAAUAUAUUUAACAAUUGUGUUUGAUAGAAAUCAGUAUUGUUGCGUCGAAUGACUUUACAUGCCGUGGUCGAUCGUAUGCAAAAUUUGCGUCUGUUCGAAAAUUAUGGAUUUCGACUCGUUACUGUAAAUUAUUGAUCUUGCCAAGUUUAACAAAUCGAUAUCGCGGUCACAAGGAAGAUGAUCAUUAUUUGUCUGAAAAUUUCAAGCUCUAUCGACGCUACUGCCAGAAAAAAAAAAAAACUGAUAUUACCGAGGAAAUAUAUGUACAUGUAAGAAGUUGCCUUAUACUUUUGUGUUCAGAGAGAACUGAAUAAAUACGAACGAAUCGCAGUUGCUAAGCUAAGAUAUCUGCGAAUGGAUGCUCGCGUAUGCAACGCGCUUAUUUGCAUUUCGCGUCGAUACAAUGUUGCGAGUGAGAAGGUCAUUCAUACGCAAUGGUUAGCUUUGGAUAAAGAUAUUUUUGAGAGGAAUUAAGCAAAGAAUCGUAGUGCCUUACAAACAGUGUAAUAGUACAAGAGAAGAUAUUUAUUACGCGGAAAUGAUAAACGUUUUGUUGUUGUAUUUCUAUAUUUCUGAAGAUUUAUCUAAGUUUUCUUAGACGCACGCGGGAACGUUCAUUAGACGAACGGUCCUUGCUUGUGUUAGCUAUGUAUAUAAAAGUGCUUGUUAUAGUUUGAAAUAAGAGUUUGCUAUUAACUGUGCGCCCGAAGUCUGCUACACGUACGUUACACCGAUUUUUGUAGACACAAAUUUUUAUAUAACCUCAAAUUUCAUGCUUACUCACGCGACUUCUUACGGAGAGAACUCGUGCUUCCUUUAUACACUGUAUAGAAUAACAACGAACCGUGUCUUCUCGCAUCUCCAAUGCCACUUCCGUUGCAAUGAUACAUUAUGAUCGUGAGAAACAAUUUAAACACAAGUGCCUAAUCGCAUCAGGGACAUCGAAUAAUUUCAGUUAGAUCGUACGUUAACGUAUAUACGCUUCCAGCGACUCGGAGACCAAACGUCGACUAAAAUAAUUAAAGGGUCGUCUGCCUAAAUGCUUUUAUUCUUAAAGAUUUGUCAUAUUAAAUGCAUAAUAUAUUUUUUAAUUCUCCUUCAAAAUUGUUUUCAGACACGACUCUGUAAUUAUUUCGAACAACCGUUGAACUGCGGAAUAUCGAUGAAAGAUUUUCUGCCUUCGGAUAAUUGUGCUCAAACGACGAGUGACAAUCGUAUUGUGCGCAAUGAUCUCGACUAAUCGUUAAGGAGUUUCCAUUGCUGUUUACAUCCACUGUAUUCGUAAGAUUAAUUAUCCUCGUUACUCUUUCAGGCUGAAAUUUGUAAUAAAGAUUCCAGCGAACAGAUAAGUCGACUUUCAUUCCUCGGUCCCCCGGUUAUAUUGGAUAGUAGAAGGUCCCUCGGAAAAAAUUGCACCGUUUAAUUGAAAUCGAAAGUAAACGAAGCUGAGAAACGGUUCCCGG